UAAUGUCGGUCGUGAUUCACACAUCAAAGAGGAAAAAUAGAUAAUGAUUUUCUGAAUUUAUGAAGUGUUUAUGGAGUGAAUCAAAAUAUUAAUAAUUAUCUCGUGAUUGUGAACACCUCAGGAACAGUAGUAGUGGAAUAACACGUCUGCAAUGCCGGCGUAUCACUCGAGUUUUGUCAAGGGCAAUAAGUGCAUGGGAAAUUUGGCCCUUCUGCCUCUGAGGACAAGUUUCCGAGGACCAGCACCUGCUUGUCCCCCAGAAACUGAACAAGAUAUUAUUGAUGAGGCAUUGUAUUUCUUCAGGGCUAACGUAUUCUUCAGGACUUAUGAAAUUAAGAGUGAAGCUGAUAGGGUAUUGAUCUACAUAACUCUCUAUAUCACCGAGUGUUUAAAGAAACUACAGAAAUGUGCAAAUCAGAAUCAAGCCCUUAACGAAAUGUAUUCCCUUGCCAUUUCGAAAUUUGAUAUUCCAGGGGAUCCAGGAUUUCCCCUGAAUUCUGUUUAUGCCAAGCCAAGUAGUCGUGCUGAAGCAGAUCAAAUGAGACAGUAUCUCCAACAAAUAAGACAAGAGACUGCGGCUCGUCUCGUAGAGAGAGUGUACAGUGACAACGGAAAGCCCAGCAAAUGGUGGUUGUGCUUCGCCAAGAAGAAGUUCAUGGAUAAGUCUCUCUCUGGUCCAGGGCAAUGAAAACGCCCUCUGAAUGCAAUAGAUUAAACAUUUUUCAUUUUCUUUCACUUUCAUUUUCUAUUUUUUUUCUUUUAUACAGAGGAAAACGCUCAAGAAAAUAAAUCUAGCAAAUAAAAAAUAAUAUUUAAAGCUUA